GGUCUAACUGCCUUUCCUUCCUCCCUCCGAUCGAUCUCAUUCUGUUAGCGUCACGGCACUGUGAGCUUAUUCGCCCCGAACCCGCCUCUUCUGCUGCGAAGAUGGAUCCACAGCAGACUUCUCUGCAACGCCUUCACAACGUCGAGAAGCGGAUAGUGCGCGUGCUGGAGCUCGCCGGAUCUGUCAUGGACGAGCUCGCCAGUUCGACCGGGCCCCGCGCCGACGUUCUCGCCGUUCACUGCCGUGAGUUCAUGCAGUCCAUCAAGGAAAUCCAGACAACACUUCGUGAAGAAAUUAAGAGUGCUUGUGAAUAUCGUCCAUUUGAGAAAUGCGACUAUAGUGCCAGAAUUUCUAACGAGAUCUGCUCCAAGAAAUUGGAAUACAUCAUCGAGCAGUUGGAUGACAUCAAAGAAAGCAUCAACUAGUACAAAGAUUGAAUUGCACAAGCAAUGCGGCAGCUGUGAAUAUUCUCAGGAUGUAGGCAAGCCAUGGGAACUAGAAGAGAAAUAGCAGCAUGUGAAUGAAGCUUAUGCAUCUCUCUUUGGUCUUCCACAAGGAUCCGAUUAAUGAAUUGAUAGAGAUAGCUCCUUCAGCUGACUAAACAUUCAAAACAGCAUUUGUAAAACUGCUUGUCGCUAAUGUUGUGGACAUGCUUAUGCCUUGUUCGACUUUCUUGACAGUAAAAUCUCUGCCUAUAUUUACCUAUUCUGUAUUGGAGAAAUUAGAUACAGAUAAACUGUACCAAAUUGUAUUCUCUUUGCACAAAAUUGCAUAGGUUAGUUUUGGCAUUACCAUACA